AUGAGAUUCCUCCGCCACCACCUGCAUCCUCCUCCGCCACCACCCCUCCCGGACCCCCUCCGGUCGAAGACGCCUCGCCUACAACUCCGAGAAAGAGCAGCGAGGACGAGGACUACGCCGCAGGAGGUGCUCCAGGAAGUAGUUCAGCUUACCAUACCCCAGGAGGAGCAGGAGGUGCUCCAGGUAGUAGUACUAGUAGCAAUGCUGGUCCUCCACGUAGCAGUGCGGCUUUACUAGACGCGUCUCCUGCGACAGAGCGAGAUCGUAUUGUAGCGGAAAUCAAACAGAAAAUGAAUGCUACAUCCGAGGAUAGUGCGGCGCCUUAUUGUGGGAGAGACGUCCUUAUUAUGGGUGUAGGGAAUUCAUCAUCUCCAAAUGAGUCAUCUGGACGAAGAGAAAGACAAGAGGAAAAAGGGACCCAGAUGACCCCUGAGAUGAAUUCCCGACACCUCUAACCAUAACAUGAGCCCGGAUGAGAUGCGACAGGAGAUAGUGCGAAUGCAAAGUUUGCUCCUGAAAAACAACGAAAUGCAGAGCGGUGGGGCUGGGGUACUAGUACUUACUCUACGUUUAUUACAGCAUUCAUCUGACGCGAUUUACAUUCAAGUAAGUACGUAGAUGAUACGAGUACACAAUGAGCAGGAGGAAGUCCAAAAAGAACUCAGUUUUUGUGUUUUCGUAUUUCUGUUCUACGAAGAAUUAGUUGAAGAUAAAAUUGAAGAUGGAACAGAUGCAAGUUCUUGUUCAACACGAAAAAAGCCUCAUCUGCAUCACGACGCACCACUACAUCGAUCUCAUUACAGGAUGGCCCUGGCGGAGCAGCUUCCGAUCUUGACGGUGGUGGCUUUAAUGUGGAUCAGCAAGACGGGUAUUUCCUCAACAUUCCCUCCGGGUCUUACUGGCAAGACGGUUUUGGCAGUGGCCCGCCCCUUCCGCCUAGUGGAGACCGCGGUCAGUCGGGUCUGGAGAAGGAGAGACGCGACUACACCAAAGCAGCGCAGCGCCUGUUCAAGGAGAAGGAACGGCAAGAGCGCAGAGAAAGGAAAGCGUAUUUCGAUCGCAAGGAGAGGGAACGACACCAAGAGCGCGACCGUACAGACGCGCGACGGGCAGCACAGGGUCGUGGAGUGAUGCCGCCACCUGGUACAACUGACGGGGGGUACUUAGUAGACCCCUCCGACGUAAAUGCACCACCGCCACAGCCAAGACAGUUUCGUCGAGAAAACAACAUGGAUCGCAGAGGAGGAGGCGAGGUUGACCACAUUGACAAUAGACGUGGCACGAGAGAGGAUAGAAGAACAGGUGGAGAUCAUCACGGCGACCACAGAAGGGACGACAGAAGAGGCGAUCGUGGAGAUGACAGGCGAGACCACGAUCGUCGUGGAGGCGGUGUGCACAGAGGCAGUGGCGGACACAGAGGCGACCGAGGCCAUAGAGGAGGUGAUCGCGACCUCCAUAGAGGCGAUCAUCAUACAACUAGGCCUGAUCGCGAGCAGAUGCAGAUGAGAGGCGACCUUGGCGAGCCGAUGUAUCCACGACGAGACCGAGGAGGCGACCAUUUCCAAGACCACAGACGGGAGAUGCAAGAUAGACGAGGAGAAGAGAGACGAGGAGGUGAAUAUACAACAGACAGAAGGGGUGGAGGUGAUCGGGGCGAUCGUAGAGGAGACCACAGAGGCGAUAGAGACUACAGAGGCGAUCGAGGAGACCACAGAGGUGAUAGAGACUUCUACAGAGGGUCUGGAGACCCGCGAGGAUACAACAAUAACAUGGACCACAACCACGUCAACCUCAUGGUACCUCCUCCAGGCAGCGGCCAGCGUGAGAGCAUGCGUGAUGCCAGGCUCCACAGCAUGGACAACGGUCCUCCUGGACUGAUGCCUGGGAGAGAUCGAAGGGAUGAUCGACGUGGAGGUCCUCCUCAGAAUGAGAUGGAUUUUGGUCCUCCGCCAAGACGCGACCGCGAUCUAGAUCAAGGAGGCCACCUGGAACGAGGCGGUCCGUCGGGUAACUUCUAUGCAGGAGAACGCGACGGCAGGAGAGACCGAGGAGACCAUAUUAGAGGUGAUAGAGACCACAGAGGCGAUCGAGGAGAUCAUAGAGGUGAUAGAGAUCAUAGAGGUGAUAGAGACCAAAACAAUCGCAAUGGCGGAGGCAAAGGUCGAGGCAAAGAUCACACUCGUGGAGGAAAUGAUCUGAUGCAGCAGAUGCCUAGAGAAAUGUCCAACGUGAAUGUUCGCGGAGGUCGCGGGCCGCAAGACCACGACAUGAUGGACUACAACCGGGGAGCAGCACCGCAGCAGCCACCAGUACGACCUGCGAACGAAGUACAGUGA